AUGACAGAUUAUGAGACGGCACUUAGGAAUACCUUAACAUUUUUUCCCUCUAAUGCACGUACUGUAGGGUGUUGGUUCCACCAUAAUCAAGCUGUUUGGAAAAACAUGAAGAGAAAGGGAUAUUUGAAUUUAACGAAUUCUAAUGAAUGUACUAUGAAAGCAUUGAUAAUGCUGUUGGCUCUGCCACUAUUACUAUCAGCGGAUAUCCAAAGAGCUUUUGAUUUAGUGAGGAUAUUUGCAAUUAACCAUAAUGUGCCGAUGGUUGACCUCUUUGAUUACUAUCAAAACUUCUGGCUUAGGCGAGUAGGAGUAGACGCAUUAUCAGUCAAUCGUCUACCAAGGCGAACCAAUAAUUGUGUUGAAAGUUUUCACAACGGUUUAAGAAUGAAGUUUAAGGUGAUUUACCUGAAUUUGUGGAUAUUUUUAGAUCACCUUAGUCACCUGAAUCAUAACACGCACAUAACUCUUACUCAGCUCUCCAAUAACUUGCGCCCUACGAGAAAACAAACCACCAAUGUUAUUAAGAAUUUGAAGAGCAUACGAGAUUCUACUCAAGACUAUUCAUUGGGUCUGAUAACAAUGUGGGAGUUUCUCAGCAGAAUAGCACAUGUAACCUCAGCAUAUGACAAUCAGCAAAGAAAUUGA